AUGGUGAAGGGACGCACGGGACAGCGCGUCAGGCUCUACGUCCGGGGCACCAUCCUCGGAUACAAGAGGUCCAAGUCGAACCAGUACGAGACCACGUCGCUCGUGCAGAUCGAGGGGGUGAACACCAAGGAGGACGUCGCGUGGUACGCUGGCAAGCGCAUGGCGUACAUCUACAAGGCCAAGACCAAGAGCAGUGAGACCCGCUACAGGUGCAUCUGGGGCAAGGUUACCCGCCCGCACGGCAACUCCGGCGUCGUCCGCGCCAAGUUCAAGUCCAACCUCCCGCCUGAGUCCAUGGGGCGCAAGGUCAGAGUGUUCAUGUACCCGAGCAGCAUCUAA